AUAGCCAAAUAAUAAAGCAGUUGAACUUUGGUCUUCAUGUAGAACAGUUCAAAAUAAUGGAGGAACCCCCGAAAAGUCCAUUUUCACUCGUUGUAAUACCUCAAACGAAAGAUGAGUCGUUCGAAAGGUCAUCUCUCUCUGUGCCUUCCGAGACAAUGUCCAAUUGGCCAUCCCUCCGCGGUCUCGUGACCGACUGGCAGGAUCUUCUUGAACCGAUGGGUGAGAACUCGGAAGAUCCAGAAGAUUUCGAUUGGUCUGUUAGUUAUUUCAAAUCGACAAACAGUACCUGUAUCAUUCGGUUCCUCUACAGUGACACAAAUAAGUUCCGCAAUAUUAAACUGAUCUUGAUCCUGAUAGUCGGAAUCCUGUACGGAUUACUUGCCAUGGCCAUUGUUCAUUUCUCUUUCUCCUUCCAUUUGUGGAUCGCAAGUGCGUUGGGCCUUAUUGUGACCGUAGCCGUUACUGUACUACUGAUAUUCUCUUACAGCAGUCGUUGUAUUUUUUCGCUGGUGGUACCUUCGCUCGGCACUAGGCAAGGAAAAACCAUUUUAAUUGCUCUACUGGUUACCCAGUUAAUUGCUGGUCCACUCGGCAAUUUAACGUACAAUAUGAAACAAAGUUCACAGUCAUUGUCCUGUUAUGGUAACAUGACUGUCAAUCAAACACAAGCCAUCAAGGAAGGAAUCAAAAUGUCGAUACACAAUUUCAAACAUAAUUUUAGCUUGCAUCACUUGAAUCAAGUGAAAGAAGGCACUGAAGCUGUCGUAAGUAUCGGCGAAGAAAUAUCAUCGAUUAUUUGCCAAAUUUUCGGUUGUGGCACUGCUGCCAAAGUCAAACAACAGGCAAAACAAACAGUGAAAGACGCUGUGAGUUACGAUCAAAUUAAAAACCAGAUCGAUAACGUCAAUCAAACGAUAAAUCACGCCAAACAGCAACUGCACACAGCACACAACAACGUCAAAAAUGAAAUUAGAACCCAAAUCGGCCAAUUUUUUAUUGUGGUCAGCAUUGCCAAGUUGGCAACCAUUUUCAGCCUGAUCUAUUUGCUUUUCUCGUGCUGGUUUUAUUAUCAUCGAUUCUUGAAUAUUCUUUCCUAUGACAACGACUACGCAACAGAGUUACUAAAGCGAUACGAUCGCCAUCGUAGUGAACUCGGUAGCCCUCCGCUUUUCCCGCUCAAUCUUCGUGAAAAAGCGAAAAUUAUUGAUUCUGUUUCUCUGUCCAUGUCGCCUAUUGAACGAAAAGCUCUUUUCAUUUCUCUGGUCCUUUACUUGGUCCAUUUCGUUAUCACAGUCAUUUUGUACGUGGCUGAUUGGACCCUAUAUACUUUUAUGGACAUUGUCGUCCGAAAUGUCAAUCAAAGUAGCGGCUGGAACGAAACUACCACUUUUCGAGUGGACUCAGUCAAUUUCGAAUUAGCAGUACCAUUUUUUUUCGAUGCUAAACAAUGCAUGGCGAUCCCUCGCAAGAUAUCCAAUGACACUGUGAUUGUUAUUGUUGUUAUUUACGUAAUUUUAGCAUUAGCCGUUCUAUCGCAAGCGUAUUGCCUUCGUCUCCGCCAUUCCAUCGUGGCCUAUUUCUAUCCGGAGAGGAAUAGCCAGCGCGUCCAGUACUUGUACAAUAAACUACUGAAGAAAAGGAAAAGACCAAAGAUCACUUUAACCUUGCGAACACCUUCGCGCGGUCAAAGUGUCGCUAACAUGGGCAAAAUUCUUACAGAAAAAGGAGUUAAAAAGCGAACGUUUCGAGGUCUAGCGAAAACCCUGGGUUUGUUCCGACGCUACUGCGUCGUUUGUGGCCUUCCUGAAAAUUCGGAAUUCAAAAAAUGUACCAAGUCUAAUUGUUCUGGUGUCUAUUGUCAUUCGUGUUUUGACGACGUGAAUAAUGUCUGUCUGAUUUGCCAAAGUUAA